UCUCGUGGAGAAUGGCAAGAAUUUUUCGGAAAAAAGAUACGCACGGAUUAAGGCACCGGAGUUUCAGUUGUAAUUAGAUAAUUUGGAGGAAACGGGGGAGCCACUAAUAACGGCGCCUGCAUUGGAUGACUUCCUGUCUGUUGGAAAAACAAAAAAAUCGCCAUAUCCGGAUUGAUGGACUCGCGUAAUCGAGGCUUUUCGUCGGGUGGUGGAAGUGACUGUGGGGGAAGGGGCAACUACCAGCGGUCCCGGUCGCGCUACAGCAGAUCCCGGUCCCGUUCACGAGAAAGAAAUCGCGGAUAUGCCGGAUCCAGGCACCGCAAUUCCCGGUCACGGAGUCGGGAUCGAUCCCCGAAUUUCCGGCACGACCAACGUGGUGGUAGAGGUGGCGGUGGGGACCCUGAUUUGUAUCAGAACUUGAUCCAUGAUGAUUAUCGGGAUGACCAGCGCAACUUCAACUCCCGAAACAACUUUGAACAUCGGCCAUUCCGGCGCGAAGAGAACUUUGAGCAUCGAAACAGGGACAGGGAUAGGGGUCAAAGCAACUUUGACAACGAACAUCGUUGGCGAGAUAUGGACUCUCGCGAAAGGAGUCCUAUGGAGAGGUUCCCAGAUAGAGAGCAAGGCAGGCCCUGGAACCGGAAUUAUGAACAUGAUGAUAGAGGAAGAAGCAACGAAAGGAACAUUCGUUCCCGAGAUAAUCGGUCCCACAAUGGUGGCGGUAACAAUGGGCGAAUGGGCAGCCGCGACCGGGAACGAGACCGGGAGCGGGAACGGGAGUGGGACAGAGAUCGCGACAGGAGAGGCUCGUCGGAAGAGGACAGUGAUGAGGGACAGAUGCGGCGGAAUCAAAGUAGACAUGUGACGGAAGCGCUCAAUAUAAUUAUUAUCUUUGGACUCUCGAAACAAAUAACAAAGGCAGAUAUCAUGAGUGAACUGAUUAAGGUCAACAUGGAGCCAGCCUGCAUUCGGAUCAUCCGGAAACAUGGCGCAGAUUCAUCACGCGGUAUAGCGUUUGUCGAGUUUAACACCGUUGAGGAGGCAAAGCAAUGGAUGGAUAUAACUCAGGGCGUUAUUUCGUUGGGAGAUCAAAGACUCACUAUGCAGUAUAGCCAUAAGCGCAUUCAGGAUUGGAACUGCAACAAGUGUGGUGUUUGUAACUUCAAGUUUCGGUUCUAUUGUUUUGUGUGUAAGACAUCUCGAGAAGAGGGAGAGUCUGUGUUUUCCGGAGGCAGCGAGGGCAUUGAUGAAGUCAGCAACAUUCUUACCAAAAAAAUUAUGCUGCGAAACUUGGACGCUUUGGCGAAUGAAGAGAGCGUACUGACUGCGCUCCAGGAGCAUAUUCCGGACCUGGCUAAGACUGUCAGCAAGGUGUUGAUUAGUCGGGAUACUCUCACUCAGGCAUCGAGAGGCAUUUGCUACCUCAAUUUUGAUACACUCGUUGACUCCAUGAAUACCUACAAUGCAUUGACGGCUCUGCAACCGCCACUAGUAUUGGAUGACAGAAAUGUUGCCAUUACAUAUUGCAUUGACUCGGAGGAUCGUCCCAAGUUGCCGAAGGAUACAACUACGGCCGGUGACAGAGACAAUCCCAGUGGGGCUCCCGAACCAAUGUCACCUUCCGGAAUCAGUGAGAACUACACUUUGGCCGACGUACCUCGUUUGGCUGAGUACAGUGCCUCACUGUAUGCCUCGAAUCCUGCAGAGCACGCUCAUUAUGUUCAGUACUAUACAGAUUAUUACACAACAGAGAUUAAAAAGAAGAAGGGAGACACUCAAGUCACUGAAGCAAACUCUGGUGCUGCUGUGGCCCUUUCGGCUAUCCAACGCAAACAAAAGAAGAUGAGCAGUAUUGAGACUACGAUUACAGCCGCUGCAGCAGCAGCCGCCCAAGCAGCUGCUGAGGUAAAGGCAGCCUUUGCUGCCAAGAAUGUAACCGCUCCAAGGGGCAACGAUGGAAAGAUCUAUCCUGCCCCUGAUGUGUCCAAGUAUCAGUAUGAUGAAUCUUCUGGCUACUAUUAUGACCCUUCCACGGGUCUUUACUACGACGCUCACUCGCAGUAUUAUUACAACAACGAAACAGGAGCCUAUCUCUACUGGGAUCAACGCAGAAGCACUUAUGUCUUGGCCACGCCAGCCUCCACGCAGGCUGCUCUGCAAGAAGUCAUAUCUGAGGCGGAACAGAAAGAGGAAGAAGCCAAAAAGGCUAAGGAAAAAGAGAAGGAAAAAGAGGGAGGCAAGCCCGACAAGGUCAAGGUGGCCAAGAAGAUAGUGAAGGACAUGGAGAAGUGGGCCAAGCAGCUCAACCAAAAGAAAGACUACACGGCUGUGGCCACUCCGCAACCCAUACUGUCAGGAAAUGAAGGUCCUAGCACAUCACGGCCCACCCAAGGUGCCUAUGCUGAUGUGGGCUUUUCAAUCCUUGAGAAAAAAGAACGCGCCAAGCUUACGGACUACAUAGCGCCAACAGGUCCUCCCGGAAUAAAUAAAUUGGUCAAUGCCUACGGUGGAGCAUCGGACUCAGAAGAGGAAAGUGCGCCCAACUACCAGAACGCCUCAAAUUCGGUAGGAGCUGGAGGAGGAGCCGCCAGCGAAUUGGACUACGUGGAUUUCCAGAAGCUCACCUGUUUGCUCUGCAAGCGGGCCUUCCAAUCACUUGACAUACUGCAGAAGCAUUUAAAGAUGUCCAACCUGCACAAAGAGAAUCUGGCCAAGCUCAACCAAAACUCCGCAGGAGCUUCAAGCGGAGAUGGAGGACUAUCCUAUCGAGAUCGUGCCAAGGAGCGUAGGCUAAAGUAUGGGGAAAGCGAUCCUCCUCCUCCGAAUCGCAGCCGGGAACGCUUUGAACAGGAGAUUAAGACCUUGCAGUCUAGGCAAAAGGACAGCGGUGCGGCUCCAGCCAUGCCUAUUAGCUCCAGCAACGUGGGCAGCCGACUGCUUCAGAAGAUGGGCUGGUCAGAAGGACAGGGAUUGGGCAGGAAAAACCAAGGACGUACCCAAAUCAUAGAGGCUGAAGGCCGUACCAACAACAUUGGCCUAGGAAACCAGUCAGGAAAAAUGGUGCCUGGUAAUGACUACAAGUCCUACAUCAAGAAGAUGAUGAAGCAACGUUAUGAAAACGCCUAAAGCCUAUAGGCUGUUCUCCAUUUAUAUAUUUUAAUAUAAUAAUGUAAUAGGUUUUAAUGUACUAGGUUAUAGUUUGAGUUAUGAUUAGUAAAAUUCAUACUCUCAUUUUG